UAGCUAAGAAACAUAAUAAUAGAAGGAAGAGGACACAAAGAGAGAAGCAAGAAAAUUAAGCACUCUCACCAACAAAAGCAGAUAUAGAUAGAGGCCGAAGCAAAACCCUUGAAAGUUUCUGAAGCAUUCUUGGCCACACCUGGAAUUCUCUCAUGGAAGUUAGCCGGAAAAUGGCGAACAUGCUGGGCACCGACCGUGAUUUGAACUUUAAGGAGACUGAGCUGUGUCUGGGGCUUCCUGGUGGGGGUGGGAGCGAGCCUGAGACUACGAAAGCUACUGGAAAGAGAGGGUUUUCAGAGACUGUUGACCUGAAGCUUAACCUUCAAUCUAAGGAGGACAGCAUGAAGAAUGCUUCAAAGGCAAAUAACCAGCUCCUUCCUUGCACCAAGGAUCCGGCUAAGCCACCUGCCAAGGCACAAGUUGUGGGUUGGCCACCAGUGAGAUCGUGCAGGAAGAACAUCAUGAUGGCUCAGAAGAAUACAAGUGAGGAAGGAAAGAAGGUAAAUGGCAGUGCGGCCUUAGUGAAGGUUUGCAUGGACGGUGCGCCAUAUCUUCGUAAAGUGGACUUGAAAAUGUACAAGAGCUACCAAGAACUAUCCGAUGCCUUGGCCAAGAUGUUCAGUUCCUUCACCAUGGGCAAUUAUGGGGCCCAAGGAAUGAUUGACUUCAUGAAUGAAAGCAAGUUAAUGGAUCUUCUGAACAGUUCCGAGUAUGUGCCAACCUAUGAAGACAAGGAUGGCGACUGGAUGCUUGUGGGCGAUGUUCCAUGGGAGAUGUUUGUUGAGUCAUGCAAGCGCCUGCGCAUAAUGAAAGGAUCAGAAGCUAUUGGGCUUGCCCCAAGAGCCAUGGAGAAGUGCAAGAACCGAAGCUGAACUACGAAGGCUUAAUUAGCCUGCAGGCAAGGCCUGCUAGCUUGUUGCAAGCGUAAUUACAGAGUUUUCAUUGAUUGUGUCUGUAAUUUUUAUUUGAUGGUAUAUAGAUAUAUAAAUAUUAUAAAGAAUAUGCAUGCAUGGACAUGAUCUGUAAUAGACAAGAAGCAAUGAACUGCCCUAUUGUCUGCCUUGUUUAUUGCUAAUGGAUUGUUUAAUAAUCACCUAUUUUGUA